AUGGCUAGAAGUAGUGACCUUCUCUUUAGUGAACGAAUUCGGGUCUUGGAAGAAUCGGGUCUCUUUAAAGAAUUUAAGGUUGAAGUCCUUCGAAAGACUUCUUGCUUAGAACUUCGUUUGUAUGACCAAUUGGAUAUCUUUCAUAUUUUAAUUAGCCGUAUCGAUGAAAAUGAGUACUACCAACUCAAAGCAGUCCAGGGUAUUCGAGUGGACUUCUUUGUCUUUCAAAGGAAGGUGGUGGAAAUGCUGGAAAGAGUGCAUAGAUCGGAGUUAAUCUUAUCUCUAGUGGGUAGAACGGCGGUUAUUUUAGAAAGAAACGAUUUCAAAAACAUUGUGCAGAUUGAGUUACCUUUAGUAGAUAUGCCCGAAGGAGAGUUUAGAACUUACGUUUCCGAAAUGGUUAAUGAAAUGGUAGCUAGUAGUAGUAAGUCCAAGCGAGAACAAGUCUUGCUUAAGGAAGAGAUGAAGAGAAAAGAAGCCGUCUAUGCCCAGAGACUUAGCCGGUUAGAAGCAGAGAUUCAAGAGACAGCUGCUAAGUACCAGGACUUACUUAGUAAAGAGAAGGAAAGAGAAAGCGAUUUAGAGCAGCAAAUGGCUAAAAGUGAAACGGAUAGAGCAGAUGCCAUAAAGUACAAGCAACUCUAUGAAGAAUUAGCUACUGAAACGGCUAAGAAUGCCAGUCGACUUAGUCGGGUUGAUAGUUUAGAAAUCAGUUGGCGAGAGAAAGAAAGAUCGUGUAAAUUACUGGAAGAAGAUCUUAAGAAGGCUAAUGAGAUCAUUAAACGAAACUUUGAAGAGAUAAAGGAAAGAAAACGAGCAGAGGCCCAAAUAAGUGCUUAUCUAGAUGAAGCGCGAUUAGAAAAGGAAGAAAUAGAAAACCGAAACACGCAGCUAGAAGUAGAUCUACUGGAAAAGAAGGAAGAGAUUAAGGUUUUAGAAGAGAUGGAAAGAGAAAGAAAAGAAGUCAUUGAUGCUCUCAAGCACUUAAAUCGUUCACUAAAUAAGAAACUAGAAUCGGCCUAUCGAGUCUACAGUCGAUUGCACGGUCGGCUGCCACCCACUAGACCGGAAGAAGAAGAGACUUCCAAAACAGAAGACUCCUCGGGAACUUCUCUUGUAGCCCCAGAAUCCAUUCACUACUAG